AUGGAGCCGGCGCCCCAAUCCACGAAUCUGUGGAGCAUGACGGCUGGUGCAAGCAACACCACCAUCGUGCUGCCACCCCAAGAUGAGGCGUCAACUCCGAACCUGUCCACCAUCACAAUUGGAAUCGUGGGCCUCUUCCUAACUAUUGCCACCAUUACCAUCGCAUGGCGCCAGUAUCUGCAGCAGCGGCACCCUGCGCUCCCCCCGGCUCGCGCCACCAUAGCGCUCAAUGAUAUGGCUGGCCAGGUGCCGGCGACGCCCUCAUCGCCUAUCCAGAACGACAUCCGUCGAGUGGAUCACCCCUCUUCGGAGACUAGCCCUGCCGACCUUCAAUCGGUGAGCCUUUCCCGCUAUCACAGCAUGGGAAAAUCAAUCCUGAUAUUCAGCAGAACGCCCGACGAGCACCAGAGUGAUGACAACGAGUGA